UGGAAGCGGCGGCUUCAGUCGGCUACGAACCACCGUCGAAGAACGGUCCCCGAACGAUCGGUGCGGUCCAAGAGCCACCCUAUCGAUCGCGAUAGAGUACCAGCGAUCUCUGGCCGAAAAUACGGGCGAGGGUUGUAAAAGCGAGGCGGCCAAUUUAUUUUUUUUUUCUCUCUCUUCGUCGCGCGAAUUCGCGAAGCGGUGCGAUUAUGACGACGCGUGAAUUAAGAAGCGAGACGAGGUUCAAGGAACGAGAAUGAGGACGAUUCUGCGAGCGUAUCGCGACCUUUGUAUCGAAUAAUUCGACGAGUAAACGACCUGUGCUGUGUAAACAUGUGGAAGUGUCGGGUCCUGUUGCUUCUGUGCUUCGCAGGCUUAUCGUCGGCCGUUUCGGACUUGUCGAAUUUCGGCGUUAAUUCCUUGACGACUAAUCAAUCCAGAACGGUGCGACAGCACGAACCCGUGAAACGAUUCGCGUGUCCUGUAGGAUUCUUUCGAUUGAAACGAUUCUGUUAUUACUUGAGCGCCGGCAUGGCGCCAUGGAGGGACGCGUACUUUCAUUGCAAGGACAGAAAUGCUACCCUGGCUAUAUUGGACAGAAACGGAAAGGACAGGAUGUUGAGAAAGUACUUGAUGGGGGAUCAGUUCACGAAAUUGGAGCGGUGGAUCGGCGGAAUUUUCAACUGGCAACAGAUGGCCUGGGAAUGGGGUGUGACAGGUGAGAAGAUGGUUUUCCAGAGUUUCGGGAAAAUGGAACCGGGGAAAUCUGAGAAGUACGCCUGGCAUUGUAUCAUAAUGGAUCCUGUAUUGAAAUACAAGUGGAGCGCGAGAAGCUGCGUCGACCGGAAGCAUUAUAUAUGCGAAGUACCCGCCGGUCGUUUAGUAAGAAGACGCAAGAAGUCGGAUCCUUUCGCGCCGCAAAACCAAAGAUUAAAGCCUAAAAAGAAGGGUAAAAAGUACUUAGAGGAACAAAGGAAGCUAGAAGGAAGAAAUAAAACUCGAGCAAACCGGAGAAGAAAUUUGACGGAACAAAGAGAGAGCGAGCAAUGGGCUCAUGGUGUCAAACUGGGAUCGCGACCACCUUUCAAUGUCACGCAACCUAGAGAACGCACACGACAUCGUUCGAAUAGAACCCGUUUGCAUCCAGCUGUACCAAGAGUUGCCCAAGUGUUGCCUCAAGGACGAGAAUACGGUGCUUUUCUGGGCACCAAAUUCAAUAGCCAUCAGUCACAAAAUUUGGACAUGGACAACGCAAUUCUUUCGCAAUUUCACAGUAAAAUAAACGAUUUUGCGCGGGAGGAGAUUUUGUUAAAGCCAUAAAGCAGAAACGUAAAUCAUUGAUAACUAGUUAUAAUUGCAACCUUGAUUUUAUUACUGCUCUAUAUAACGUACGCAAUUAAAAAAAGAAAUAUUUGCAAGAUGAAAUUUUUGCUAUCAAACUGCCGAUAUAUCGACACAAUCACUAUAAUAUAUACAUAUAUAUAUAUAUAUAUAUAUAUAUAUAUAUAUAUAUAUAUAUAAAAGUAUAGCUGCAAUUGUAAAAAUAGAUUUUGCAGACCUGCGAAUAACUAUUGUAAUCAAAAUUAAUCUCGGAAGAUUUCUUAAUAUUCAUUCUUGAAUAUUCGUGAGAAUUAAAAAAAAAUACUGAUUAAUUAAUAAGUCAAUCAUAUAAUAUAAAUAUGAUAAAUAAUAAUAAAUAACGAAUCACAUGAUAUUUAUGCAGGUAGCUCAUUAUCAAUUGCAUUCGAUAUUAUUAAAGACACCCAUUCGUCUAAAUAUUUCUUAUAUUUAUCUAUCAUAACAGCAAAAAAAUUAUGUAUUGUCUCUCUAUAUUCUACACUUUUCUCUAUCCCGCGAUUAUUUUGCCAAACGACAUCUUGUGCAAUUAAUUAAUAUAAAUAAAUAGUUCACGUCAAUAGUUCA